CUGCGAAAAUGUUGAAAUUGCUCGGCAGUCUGUUCUCGAAGGAGGUGAAAGUGCCUGGUAUUGCAGUAGUGAGAAAUGGCAACCCAUUCGCUGAGAUUCUGUCGACGGAUCCCGCCGCAAGAUCCUCGACUUCACCGACGAGAUCCACCGUUCAGCGGAUCGAGCUCAAGCCGCCCCCUGUCCUUGACCUCUUCGAGAGGGAGCAGCAAAACGUUCACGAGGCCUUCAGAAUCAUCGACAAGAACGGAGAUGGAAAGAUCUCGCAAGACGAGCUGGGAGCGAUGUGGGAGAGGCUGGGCGAGAAGGUGACAGACGAGGAGCUGCGGCUGAUGGUCGAGCAGGCCGAUACGAACGGAGACGGAGAGAUCGAUCUGGACGAGUUCGUCAUCCUCAGCAGGAACAUCGGAUUGGGAGGCCAUGAUCACGAUCUCGAGAAGAGGGCCGAGGAGCUCAGACUCGCCUUCAACGUGGCCGACUCCGAUCGAGACGGCUUCAUAUCGGCGGCCGAUCUGCAGAAGCUCAUGAGAAGACUCGGCAAGCGAAAAGCAACCAUCCGCGAGACCACGACCAUGGUCAAAUGUGUGGACUCCGACGGUGACAGCAAGAUCGACUACCAAGACUUCGAGAAGCUCAUGUCGUCCACUGUCCUCACGCAUCAUAAAAAACACUAGACCGGAUCUGAAUGUACCUACCUACCGACCUGCACGCAUUGCUGAACACACUCUGACUCCUUCCAUGCCACCGACCGUCUCGUCGUCGGGCGGGGCUUGAAUUUGCAGUAGUGCAGUAGAAGUAGUAGCAUCAGCAGCAGCAGCGCACAGGAUAUUGAGUUGAUUUGAGAAAUCAGAAGUUUUGAUCUUCUUCUUUCAGACGUCCGCCCGUGCAUUCGAAGCCCGAAGAGCUGCAGCUCUUUCAGCACGAGUAGCAAGGAGGUGGACGUUUGUUCUCGACAGCAGCAGCAGCGAGCAAGCAGUUCACGUGCAUAUCGAGCCAUGAUGGGCUGCACUACAGAUUUACCAAUUAGAAGGUUAUUGAUCUACGAAGCAGGUAAACUUUAGCAGAGGAGACGACAAAGCUUUAGCGAGGAGACCUGUCUACUGCAGGCCACGAAUCACAAACCACCAUGCAUGUGAAGAAGGCCUAUCUAAGAGUUCAUCCUAAGAGUUCAUUCUGGAGUUGGAGCCGUGGCUGGGCCAUCGAACCGUCCGACUCUAGAGUCCAUUUCCGAGUUAUUGUUCCGCCAUCGCAAGCACUGAGGUUUAUUGAGCCCGACGGGGGCUCAAUUUCCAUCUUUGCGGCACCAAGUGCCGUCGAUCCGAGCUGUGCAUCUUGUAGCCAUAAUUGUUUUUCCAGUGGUGUUUCUGGCGAUCGUCUGUUCGUAGAUAGGUGAUCGCGAGCGCACUGUGACAACACGUUUUCAUGUAGACAUUUUUCCACGAAUGUAAAGCUUGUAGAUAGAAAAUCAGCUUCAGCUCUGCAAGGUCAUCGUGCAUGCCCUUGCGGUCGUUCGUUAUCGGCCGCGAUUCUGGAGCUGCUAGUGGCCAUUUCUAGAUCGAUAGAUCGUACGCAGUAGAUUUUCUGCUAUGCCUGUAAGUAGUUGACAGUUCUGGAAGCUAGCAUUAUAUGAAAAUGAGUGCAGAGGUAGGGAUUUUGAGCUGAUUUAGCAUUCUGACUCUUGAUGGUACAUUCAACUGACUGAUAGUUCCUAAAUUAGUAUAGAGACAUUGUGAUACAACCUCUUUUCUCUAACGUAACCAUGAUUAUAUCUUCCUACACUGGUCUCAAUCCCAACUUUAGGGAACCAUCCCUCUGCUCAAGACUGAGCACACAGUUCUUAUUUGCUAGGGCCAUGCUCAUUCAUCAAUCACGAUGAAUGGAUAUUCUAAUAGUACGUGGGGGCUUUCUGUGCAUUGUAUAUGCAUCCAAACCAGG